AUGUCACGCGGUCCAAAGUCUGUGGAUUGUGCCUCCCUGGGAGGCCCAUAUGCUGAGGCCUUCAGUCGUUUUAAUUAUACCUGUAUACAAAUUGAAGGAGACGAGAAAGAGACUAUUAUUUUACUAGAGCGGAUAAUUAAAGCAAAGGGCGGCCAAAGGUCUUACUACGUGGUUCAACGCAAGGUAGAAGGGAAGUAUCGCUAUGAGAUCGCCAAGGCCAACGAGGUAAAGGUGGCAUUAGAGGACUGGCAAGCUGAGCGAGGCAGAUGGAUCGUUGAUGAAACUAAAAAGGAAGGAAAAUUCCAGUCUAAACAAGUGGGAGAAUUCAAAGAAUAUUGGUUUGCUGCCUAUAUGACCCCACCUGCGCGCAUAGUAGGCACGACCCCUCGGUCCCCCACAACACUAUCAGUUGCGGUAUCCGAUAAAGGCCCGCAGGUUUUGAUAUUCGGUGAUUUAGCUUCAUGGAUUGGACAGGAGAAAGCAGAAUCAUUAGUGGAGAAAUCUUGCCAAUCCCAAGGCGUGCCUACCCCAUGGGCUGUUAGGUCGCAGACAGUGAUUGUGAACGAUCCGCGAUGCCAUAAUCCAAUACAAACAAGACGACAGAAGAGGGAAGUUACCACACUUCCAGAAGAGGAAAUCACAGGUUCGCCUAAAUUACAGAGUAUCAAUCCAAGUUCGCUGGGAUCUAUUCAGAGAAUAAUUGAUGACGCCAUUAAGAGAACGCUUGAACCCGUCAUCACUGGGCAGCAUGAAUUCCAGAAACAGUUGUUGGAGAUGAUGAUCAGGAUUGAGAAAUUAGAGGACCGUCUACCAGGAGCCCCCACGGUAGACCUGAGCAACCAAACAUGA